AUGUCGCGAACAUUCAGCGAGACGGAGAGGAUUAAACAACGAAUGCAAUUUUCAAGUUGUGCGGGUUCGAGGUCAAUAACAGACGAUGAAGAAAGACUCAAUAAUUUUGAGGCCCAUAGUGAGCAUUACAAUAUUUGUCUAACGCUUCUCCUCUUAUGCGCUCAUGUUCAUAAUCGCCCUUUGACGCAAGCACGUCGUAAGGGCGACAGUAAAAACGUCGUCAAUGUCGAUCCAUCCGAGACAAACAGAACGUCCUUUUCAUUCUGUGUCUUCGUAGUCGGCGCAUCCUACAGAAUAAUCCCGAAGUGCAAAGAUUUCGCUGCGAAUGAUAGGACCUACUUUGUGAACGAAACAGAAGUCCGAGGGAAGGCUGGCCUGAGAAGAAACGAGUAUGGUGUCAGGCCUGUAUCCAGAGCCGUUGCGACAUACACUGUGAGGCUGAGAUUUAAGCCCACGCCGCAGGGUCUUUUACGAUCAUACAAGGGAAACGAUUAG